CCUCGCUCGCGCCAUUCGCCGUAACAAAGUCCAUAGCAUACCUGUUUGGAUAUUAGUUUAGCAUGACAUAUCGUCUUUUAUCCUACGAAAACUCCACCAAUCAUGUCCCAAAAGGGGAGGAGUUGUGACGUCAGAGGGGCUGUUGCAGCACGCGGUGGAGUAACGUAAGCCGAAGAGGCUGGGGAUGUCGACAAACUAAAUGUCUGGUAGGGGGCGCUCGUUGUCAUAAACACGCCGAGUAACGCUCGCUCUGCUAGCCGAGCCCGUCAGUACGAGACUACGCGAGUGAGAGAGAGGCACUGCGCUACAGUAUGUAGUGGUUGGCAAUGGGAGCGGGAGGCCGGAGUUGUGUUAUAUUUCCACGAAGGAUGUGAUUGUGGUUUAGAAACAUGAAGUGUGUACAAAGAUGGACGUUACACCCUAACCUUGGCUUGUGCCUGCUGGUGUUCAUAGCGCUCAGCCAUAUACAAUAUUCUGUCGCCUGUCCAAAGGAUUGUUUUUGUCCACAACACAGUAAUAAUGUGUACUGUUCCAGGAAACGUUUACCGGCUAUUCCAAUGGGGAUUCCGUUUAACACAGUGGAGCUCAACCUAAACGAGAAUGAAUUUGAAAACCAAGUUCUCUCAAGGAGGAAUUUUACAAAUUUGAAUAAUUUAGAAAAUUUGUAUUUGAGUAACUGUGGAAUCAAAACGAUAACUUUGGAUACAUUCAAGGAACUAAAGAAACUCAAAUGGUUGGACAUUAGCAAGAAUAAUAUCGAGUUCAUUGCAGACUUCACAUUCCGUGGCCUAGAUCUGGAGCAUUUAUUUAUGAACGACAACCCUGGGAUCCAGCUGUCUAACAAGGCGUUUGAUGGACUGUCAUCUCGAGGAUUGUAUAUGCACAGAUGUGACCUGGUCAAUCUGUCCAAGGAGGUGCUGCGGCCUCUAGAUGGGACUCUUUUGGCGCUAUGGUUGGAUGAAAAUAAAUUUGAACAGUUUCCUUUUGUAUGGCUACAACAAUUUAAUCUGAGCCAUCUUCGGCUCGGAAACAACCCGUUCCAUUGUAACUGUGAGUUAACAUGGCUAUACAAAUAUUACACUGGUAACCCGUCAGUAUUUUCAGGCGGGGUGGUGCCAUCAUGUAGCUCGCCAGUGCUCAACAGGGGUAAAAUGUUCACACAACUCAAACCUGAGGACUUUCGGUGUGAGUUGCCGACGUUCAAAAACGUGGAUGCUGUGUUUGAAGUGGAUCUUGCUAAACUUUCCUGCACUGCUAGUGGCGACCCCACACCGUCCGUCUUCUGGGUGCGUCCAGAUGGCACCACGGAGACAUUCUACCCUCCCACUGAGGACGACGUCAGGGACAACGAAGGCAUCAUGUACGUGACAGACCUUCACUUAAAGGACAGUUCUGUAUUCAAAUGCGUUGCCAGCAACCCGGCAGGAAAUGUAACAUUCACCCUCAACGUUGCCUGGCCCCCCGAGAAACCCACCUCCACAGGGGCAGCUGCCCAGCACCCCUCCCCAGCCACCGUGCUCCCCAUCAGUGACGACUCCAGGCCCAGGGGGGAGGAUUCGUAUGGGUGGACGGCUAAUAAAGCUGAAAAGAAACUGGGAGUUAUGGCUGACCAUAACUCCGUGGAAGGUUACUUCACAAUAGUAGAUAUAGUAGGCGCGGUCGUUGGAACAUUCCUCUUAACACUACUGGUAUGUGUAGUGGUGUUCCAUUUUUAUUACAAAAGAAGAGAACGGUUAAAGUACGAGGAAGCACAGGUGAGGAACGAUAAAAAACGCAGCCCGAACAAUUUAUAUAACUAUAUGGCUGAACCCGACGAGAAUUGUUUGAAAAUGAUAAACCAUUCAAACGAUACGAGUAUUCCAAGCUGAGGACUGUAAUGGAUUUUUAGUUGACAAACGCCGAGGUCCGCCGGAGCGGACCGAGAAAUUCCGGAAACAAUGACCAGAGUAGCGGUCAUUUCGAGACAGAUCCUUUCAAGCCCCGAGAAGAUUAAAGGCUGCGGAAUAACAAGGGCUUGAGGUGGAUUUUCAGGAGGGCAAUUAUUCUUGUUGGAGAAAGAAAGAUUUAUUUUUCUACAAAGGAAAUCGUUUCGCAGAGAUUAUCAAUGUUCAAGUUUUGGCUUAACCGAGCAAGAAAAAGUAAAAUAGCCCUGGAUAGACAGAACCCUGAUAUGGAAGGUAUGAUGUUAGUGUUGAUGUUGGUGUUGAUGUUUGUGGAUGGUACAGCCUCUACCUUUCGUGUCUUCACACCGGGACAAAACACUGUCAACAUGCGUUUAAGUGCUUUGUCCCCCCCACAGUGUACCGACAGCGAGUAGCUGUGAGUCUUUACCUAUGUCCCAUGUUGGAAGAAUUCUCAUAAUUACUGAACAAAUACAACUUGUGGAUUGCUUUCAUUCUGAAGUGCUGGGAAAAUGCUCUUUGUGAAAAGUAUACGGCUUGAAUAUGUGAUAUUGUGUGUUAUGGCGUCUUGCAGUUUGUUUUGAGUGGACGCGAGGAAAUGUAUGUGGUGUUCUACCGGGACGUCACCCAGCGUCUCGACAGGGCGGGGUUGCCCCUCCCUUGUGGACGUUUACGUGGCAACAUCAUCAGUGACUUCAUUCAACGUGACCAUGACAUGAGAGGACAAUACGGUGACGUAACGUUAUGGAGUACGGAGGCCUUCUAUACGGCUCGCUAUGUAAAUAUUUAGGUACAUGUUGGUCUCGGCUUGUCAAUGGCUUCCCUAUUAUAAGUCUGUGCGUUAGAUGAUGGCUUGCCAAGAGCAAACAGGAAACACAUAAUUAAUAAUUAUUGACUUUGAAGCUAUUAAUAAUUAUUGAUUUUCAAACAAUUAAUUAUUGAUUUUCGAACAAUUAUUAGUGCAUUGUCAGGAGAUAGUGUUUGCUGAUGAAAUUAUAGAUGAUGAUCGCUCAUUUCUAUGAGAAUCAAUUACGGAAAGAUUUUAAUUCAUAUACGUAUUCAAACGUCAUAUUUAUAAACACAAAACUAAAUGGAACUUUUUAUUUACGACACAUAGCGGCGUUUCCAUGGAGAUUCUUAUACCGUUAUCAACCUGGAGUAAACUUGCUAAUUAUUCAAAAUUUUCCAAUAUUUGAUAUGACAUAAUUUAUCUGCACUUUUGGAUUCAAAUGUAAGUUUUGGAAAUAUUUGUGUAUUUGUUCAGAUGUGAAGGGAUAUUACAAAGUAAUGUUAAAUAUAUCAUUUGCUUCUUUCAUACGAUAUUUGAUUUGAUAAUACGACAGUCUCCAGUAUUUGCCGUCGGACAUUUCAUUUCAUGUUAAUUUUAAGCGUUGAUGAAACAAACAGAAAGUAAUAUCCUUCUGUCUGAAUGUAAAGAAUCUGUUUCGAAAAUUCAAUAUCUUCAUGACUGUCGACUUCAUUAAAGUCAAUCUCGGCUAACCAGCAAUUACCGUAUAUCAAUAGAAAUGUCUCCAGUUAGAAUCAGUGUUUACUCCAGGUGAAAAAAAUAAUCAAAUGCCGAGGCUGAUGUCGAAGGCAAAUAUUUCAAGUUGCCAUUAAAUGAGAAUGUUUUCACAGAUGGUCUUGGCAGGCCAUCCCAGUCUAAACUCUGUUUCCCCCAGUUCUGAAAGCGUUACUAGGGUACUUUACCAAUUCUAGACCCAUAAACACAUUUCAACUCACAAAUUCGUGGAAAUUCAAUUUGCUUUUGUGCCAUAAAAAUCGACGCUCUAUUUAGCCUGCAAAUCAUCGAAGUGGUAAUCGUUUGAAAUGUUUGAACUAGCGUGAGAUCGAUCAGUCUUUUCUAGUAGCAAUGUACGUGUUUUGUAAGACGAGGAUUCAGGGUUAGCUAGUGGUUUACAGGCGGGGAAACCGAUAGAAAUAGAUACAAAUAAUGUGUCGUUCGUUGCCAUGGAAACAGAUUUCAUUAUAUUGGACCGUGCUUAGAAACCAUACUCCUGCAGGAAUCGGCUCAUAAUGGUAAAAGGACUAUUGAUUUUGACAAUAUGAAAUAAUGACAGUAUAUUAAAAGACCCUUGACAACAGUAGUAUGCCCUAUAUUAUUCACGCGAACACAAGGCAUGAACAUCCUGCUGUGACUACAAGAAUAAAAAAUAUGAUUUUUAAAACCGACCAUUGAUCAAUUGCAGUGAGUCACAAUACAAGUGAUGUCAUACGUAAACGUGUCAUAUUCCAUAAAAGCCAGGUAAAGUAGCAACGGUUAAAAUACGUAUUGUCUACAUGAAAGCAGUUUCACGGAAUAUGUUUUCGUCAAUCACCUGAAUGCAAGUUUGAAUUUUGGACCAUUACAUGUACAAUCUGUUCAAAACGUAACGUGUUUGUGACACUGAGUCCUGUUUCUAUAGUAACCUUUAUCAUAUUGAAUCGUUAAGCCAAGUGUGCGUUUCUUUAAAAGACAGAACCUUGCAAUAGAUAAGCGUUGUACAAGGGUGUUCCUUCCCUCGGGGUAUGCUUUCUGAGCACGGACCACCGCGUAUAUAUUAUAUCCUCAUGAUCACUAAAUCAGUGUUAUAUAUAUUUGUCAUUGUACAUAUUCGUCAUAAUUAUUACUUGUAAAUACAAAUUUUUAUUAAGAUAAACUUGUGUUCAAACUUUUAA